AUGAUUCAAGAACAGCUUGUCAAACACACUCUGAGAAAAUACAGUGGAGUCUUUUGUAGACAUCAUUUUGGAUUCUUUUAUGGUGACAAAUAUCGAAGUUGUAUGAUUUAUAAUUUGUGUUAUUGGAAUGGAAAAUAUUUAUAUUUUCAUGAUCAGAAUGUGGAAUAUCCAUUUCUCUAUGAUGGACAAGGAUAUAAUUCACAAAACAUGUCAUCAUUAGGUAACGAUGAUUUAUUCAUGAUUGGAGGAUUAGAAGGUAGAAUCGAUACAGAAAAUCCAAAGCGAGAGAAAUUGUUAUUAACUGUGAUUCGAAAUGGAACCAUUUCAGAAUUUACACAACAUUACAAUAUUUCACAUGUGAAAUGGAUGGAAAAGAAAUCUGUGCUCAUGAAAAGACAUCGAUGUACCAACGCUGGUCAUUGUCUUUUGGAAACGAUAUUUCCUGCGUUUUCAUUAUUGAAAAUUUUCUAUAAUGACAUUCCGUUGAAACAACCCAAACGUUUUCGAGAUAAUUAUUUAAUUUUUGCUGAAGAAGAAGAUGAAGAAUGUGAUUGUCAACGAGAUGUAUUGACCUGUGGAACAGAUGAUGCUGAUGCAAAAGUCAAGCAAGGAAUUUGUCAGAAAAUUGUUCGAAUGUAUGGCAAUUUCAUUUCUGAUCAUUCCAAUCAAUUAAUUAGACAUUUAAGCAACAACGACAAUAAUAUGGUCUGCUGGCCAAGUAUUGUGAUGGGAUCUACAGCGUAUGGAUUGUUUAAUGAUUUUGGUUGGAAAAAUCUUGGUGGUAUGAUUUCAGAAUUUAGAGAUUUUGUGUAUCAGCGAUUUGGAUUGAAACCUGUGAACCCUCUUGACAAACUUGCGUCUAAAACAUUGAAAAUUACUCUCUAUAUUAAGAAAGGGUUAAGAGUCUAUCUUCGAAGUAUUCUCGAUGUUCCUGGAUUAUUGAAAAAGAUUCAAUCUGAUUUUACACAAUUCACUCAUAAUGAAACUGGUCUUGUGUUCAACGUUCAAGUCACUGCCAUCAGUUUUGAUGACAUGUUAACAGAUGAUCCCAAGCAUAGUGGAGAGCAACAAAUUCGUACCAUGUAUGACACUGAUAUUUAUGUGUGCGGUUUUGGGUCUCCAUCUUUCAAAUCGAUUUUUCUAGAUAAGGGUGCUGUGUUGUUGGCAUUUCCGAAUGGAUACGAUGUGAACGUACUUUCCAAUCGAGUGGGAGAACAUGAGUUGUUUCAUGCCUACAUGCAUUACCAGAAUCUAAUCUAUCCGUUAGGGAAAGGAGAACUCGAGUAUGAGGAAGGUGUGACCACAGGUAAUUAUGUGUGGAGAUGGGACAAGAUGAAAGAAACCUUAUUGACUGCAUGUCAUAUGAGAGUGAAAUAUUUACUCUCAACAGCAGCAAUCAUGACUUGA